AUGCCAAUCUCCUGUACCGAUCAAACGACCACAAUCAGCCCAAAUUCGACAUGUUACCCGGUCGCAAACCCGCUCGAAUCUUUUUGGCAAACUGAAACCCACCCUCUCAGCGACCAUCGUUCCACAUCAGAGCUACCGCUCGAGACCGACAUUGUCAUUAUUGGUGCCGGUUUCGCCGGAAUAAGUACAGCACAUCAUUUAGUCAAGGAGUUCAAGGGGGAACUGGGAACCACCCCCCGACCCUUGCCCUCGAUCACGAUUCUUGAGGCCCGAGCUGCAUGUUCAGGGGCAACCGGAAGGAAUGGAGGGCAUCUCCGGCCAGACUUUUAUGGGCAUAUCCCAAAAUAUAUCGAGCGAUCUGGUCCAAGGGCUGGGGCAGAGAUUGCGGAGUUCGAAAUUGCCAAUCUCCGUGCCUUGAAGAAAUUUAUCGAGGAAGAGAACAUAGACUGCGAUUUGACUUUGACGAGGUCGAUUGAUGUCUGGUGCAACAAGCAGGCGGCAGAAAAUGCAAAGGCAAUCUACGACAGCAUGCGGGCGCAUAAGUUUGAUUACAUGGAUGAUGUCAUUUUUUAUACUGGAGAUAAGGCGGAAGGGAUCUGUGGUGUGAAGGGUGCAGUCGCAUGCGCCUCUUUCUCUGCCGGGACCCUAUGGCCUUUCAAACUUGUCAUGCACUUGUUACACAAGUUGUUGGAGUCAAAGUCUGUUAAUCUGCAAACACAUACUCCAGUACAAUCGGUUCGGUCUGACGAGGCUGGGGGUUUCUUUGUUGAUACUCCCCGUGGACAGGUACACACUCGCAAAGUCAUCUACGCCAACAAUGCUUAUGUCGCGGGGACUCUUCCAGAAUAUGCAAAGAAUAUUAUUCCUUGCAAGGGUAUAUGCUGCCGAAUUGCUGUUCCGGAUGGCAUUCGGCCGCCAUUGCUAAAUAAUUCUUACAUCAAUCGAACCAUUGACCAUACUCUCUCAUACCUGGUUCCGCGGUCAGAUGGAAGCAUUGUUGUUGGGGGCGCCGCUGCAAAGUUCAAGCCAUUCAGAGAGCAAUGGUAUGACAAUGUGGAUGACAGCUGUCUGAUUGAUGCAGCCGCGGAAUAUUAUUACAACUACAUGCAGCGCACCUAUCGCGGCUGGGAAGAUACGGGUGCCAAGGUGGAUACUAUCUGGACCGGCGUCAUGGGAUACUCUUACGAUUCAAACCCUCACAUCGGCCAGGUGCCUUCCAAGGAGGGUCAGUUCAUCAUCGCCGGAUUUAACGGUCACGGCAUGCCUGUUAUCUGGCUAGCAGCCCAGGAGCUAGCCAGUAUGGUUUCACGUGGAGUUUCAUUCGAGGAGACAAAAAUUCCCAGGCUAUUCAAAACAUCUGCACAACGUAUCAAUCGAGCAAAGCUAGGCCGAGAGGAAGAUGGGGAUAUUAUUGGCAGUGGGAAUCUUCCCACUACGAAUCCAUGA